GCCUGGCUCUGUCACUCAGGCUGAAGUGCAGUGGCAUGAUCUCGGCUCACUGCAACCUCUAUUUCCUGGGCUCAAGCAAUCCUCCCAUCUCAGCCUCCGAGUAGCUGGGACUACAGGUGUGCACUACUGUGCCCGGCUAAUUUUUGUAUUUUUUUUGUAGAGACAGGGUCUUACUAUGUUGCCCAGGUUGGUCUCGAACUCCUGAGCUUAAGCAAUCUGCCCACCUCAGCUUCCCAAAGUGCUGGGAUUACAGGCGUGAGCCACCACACCCAGCCAGCUGUGGGUUCUGAGUCGAUUUCACACUGACUAGCUGUGCGGUGUGACCUCAGACAAGUCAUGUUAUGUUUCUGAAUGUCUUCGUCAGUACAAGAGGGUAAUACUAUUUACACAGGUUUGUUUAUAGAAUUAAAUCAGGUGACCCCUGUAAAGCCCCCACUGUCUGGCACUUGGGUGGCCUUCGGUAAAGCUUAACUCCUAGAUUAUUCCUUUCAAAACAGUGAUUUGCCCUACUUGAAGGCAUUGCGGGAAGAUAAUGGUAAAAAUUAAAUGUAAUAGACAAACUCUCAGUAAUGACCCACCUGCACUCUUUCCAACCAAUGGGCAUUUACUGAGCACCCACCUUCUAGGUAACAGGCCUGGUGUCCAGUGCUGGAAUGGUGGAGAGGAGCUCAGAGCUUCAGAGCUGAAAAGUCAGCUCCAGGAGAGCAGGGACUUCUUGUUGGCCACUGUAUUCCCAGCUAGGUGCUCAGUAUUUGUUGAAUGAAUGAAUGAACGAAAAAUACAAUCCAGCGGGCCUCUGAAUCAUUUUUUAAAACUUGAGCCAAGUCCCUUGACCUCUCUGAGCUGGUGUGUGUCCCCAUCAGUGAAGCCAGAGACGUUUAAGUCAUCUAGAGGUCCUGCCAAGCAGGAUUAAUAGAGCAAUAAUAUUAAUAAUAGCAAUAAUCAUAACUAAACAUAUGGAGCACUGCUAUGGAGGGAAUAACGUUACGUCCACGUUAUAGAAGAGGAAACUGAGACACAGAAGCAUGAAAGGCUCCUGGAGGGGGGGGUUUCAUGAUGUUUUGGAAGAAAGACUGGGGAUCGGACGGAGUAGUAGAAAAGAGGAUCCACAACCCAGAGGAAAAGGCCUAGUCCAGAGCCAUCGGGCGGCGCAGUCUGCUGACGUUGUAGGAGGGACGAACGCCGCCCGGAACCCGCCGAACUCAACCUCUGGCGUCUCCAUGGCAACCACCUCCGCGCAUGCGCCGCGAGCACCGGCGCCGGAGCUGCCAGCACGCGCAGGAGGCGGACACAGGCUGGGCGGAAGCGGCCCGGAGGCCUGGGGCGGCGAGAGUGCGAGUAGGCGUUUAAAGGAGCCUUCGGCACCCGGUUCGGUUCGCCGCCGGGACUGCUGACGGUGAGGCCUAAGUAGCCCCAGGAGUCGGGAUCUAGAAGUAAUGGGAUGACUAUCCCCAGGGAGCAUUGCGGAGGAGAGAGGCGGCUGAGGGACUGCACUUUCUGGGGCCCCCCGGGAGAGUCAGAGGACAGUUAAGAGGGAUCACAGGCCCGGCUUGGUACGGUCACCCCCCUUCCCACUCCCUGCUCUCAGCAUUCUGUCACCUCCCUACCCCGUCGCGGUGCCCAGCCAUGGCCAGACCUCCCGUGCCCGGUUCGGUGGUUGUCUCAAACUGGCACGAGAGUGCCGAGGGCAAGGAGUACCUGGCUUGCAUUCUGCGCAAGAACCGCCGGCGGGUGUUUGGGCUGCUUGAGCGGCCAGUGCUGCCGCCGCCUGUGUCCAUUGACACUGCCAGCUACAAGAUCUUUGUGUCCGGGAAGAGUGGUGUGGGCAAGACGGCACUGGUGGCCAAGCUGGCUGGGCUGGAGGUGCCUGUGAUGCACCACGAGACCACUGGCAUCCAGACCACCGUGGUAUUUUGGCCAGCCAAGCUGCAGGCCAGCGGCCGUGUUGUCAUGUUUCGUUUUGAGUUCUGGGACUGUGGAGAGUCUGCACUCAGGAAGUUCGAUCAUAUGCUGCCGGCUUGCAUGGAGAACACAGAUGCCUUCCUCUUCCUUUUCUCCUUCACUGACCGUGCCUCCUUUGAAGACCUCCCUGGACAGCUGGCCCACAUAGCAGGUGAGGCCCCUGGUGUCAGGAUGGUCGUCGGCUCCAAAUUUGACCAGUACAUGCACACGGACGUGCCCGAGCGGGACCUUUCAGCCUUCCGGCAGGCCUGGGAGCUGCCCCUGCUACGGGUGAAGAGUGUGCCGGGGCGGCGGCUGGCUGAUGGGCGCACGCUGGACGGGUGGGCUGGGCUGGCUGACGUUGUCCACAUACUCAACGGCCUUGCUGAGCAGCUGUGGCACCAGGACCAGGUGGCGGCUGGCCUGCUUCCCAACCCCCCAGAGAGUGCUCCUGAAUGAAUCACGAGUGGGUGCCUGUGAUCCCACCCCCAACCCUUAGGUCUCGAUAUAGGGCUGGAGGCUAGGGCAGGAACAUGGAUCCUAUCUGGAGGACUGGCCAGCAUGGCCUGAUCAGGGAGGAUGUGGCCAGAGAAGGCCCACCCCAGAGCAGCGCUUUCCUUGCAGAAUUCAUGGCAGGGAGGUGGGGACCAAGGCCCUGAGCUGGAACGUCUCCUGUGGCCUUUCCCCCUUUGGCAUUACCCAUGGAGGGUGACUGAGAGAGGGAGUGCCUCUCAAGUGACUUCAAUCAAGAACCUGUAUUGGUUGAGGUGACACCAUCUGUUGUAACAGAUAAACCCCAAAAUCCCAGUGCUGAA